CCAUUUUGUUGAUUUCAUCCUUGUGUCGUCGAAUACAUUUUUCGCAGUUUUUGUGCGUUUUUUUAACACGUUUAAUUGAAAGUACAGCGUCAAACAUGGGGUGUGAUGGAGGAACGAUUCCCAAGCGAGAUGAGAUGGUUCGACUAAAGAAGAAACCAGAAAAAGUCGACAAGAACUUCGAACUGAACGCCAAAUGGUUCCACUGUGCCAUAACUCAAGAGCCACUUCGAGCUCCCAUCGUUUCUUGUGAGCUUGGAAACCUUUACAACAAGGAAUCCUUACUUGAAUAUCUCUUAGACAAAGAUUCAGCUACUACAGAAGUAGCCAAACACAUUCGCUCUUUGAGGGACACCAAAGAACUCCAACUUACAGAAAACCCAGCUUUUGAGGAGAAAUCUAAUGGUGAAAAAGCUGACAGUUAUCAAGACUUCCAAGCCUGCCGGUAUGUAUGUCCCGUAGUGGGUAUCGAGAUGAAUGGACGGUAUAAGUUCUGCUUCUUAUGGAAGUGUGGAUGUGUGUUUUCUGAGCGRGCUUUAAAAGAAGUAAAAUCUCCUGUAUGCCAUAAAUGUGCUAAGCCCUUUUCAAAUGAAGAUGUCGUCAUUAUAAAUGGUAGUGAAGAAGAUUUAGAGUUGAUGAAAUCAAACAUGACAGAGCGAAGACAGAAAGCAAAGCUUGAAAAGAAGUCCAAAAAGAACAAGACUUCAUCAACAGUGACCUCGACARCAACGUCUAAUGGUCUUCACUCAUCUGAGCCAUCAACUAGCUCAUCUGAUACCCAAGCUGCAAAGUYACAAAGURAUGAAAGUGAUGGAGUCCCUUCUAAAAAAKUGAAAGUUGACUCAAGACCCCAGAUGAMCGGUGCAGCCUCUAGUAAAGCUAAUGGGAAAGGAAAGCAGCCCAAAAUAAACAUGAGUAUACCAAAACUAUCCAAUUAUAAAACUGUUGCCGAGGACCCUAAAGCCAGUAAAGUGUACAAGUCAUUGUUCUCGUCAUCCAAUAAGGACAGGCCUGAACAUUUAAAAUCUAAUUGGGUUGCCUAUCAUGCUUAUGGUGGAUAUCACGUGUAAAUUUAUGAAGACUCCACUAUGUCUGACAAUGAAUGUAUMAAACUAUCCAUUAAGAAAAUGUAAAUAAUUAUGUGAAAAAGUCAUGCAUGUCAUACGACUUCAAACUAUGUCACAGUGUGAGAAGGGAAAUGGCUCUGCCAAUCUCUGAUAUUUACCAUUUUAGAUUAAAUAUUGUGGGUUAUCCUUAAUUACAUGUAAACUGGCUYAGAACUGCUUUUCUGGGAUACUUUGUCAGCAUGUAAUGGACUCCUGAUACAAACUUUCAAUUGUAAAACAUUCAUGUACAUUAGAGCAUAAUUCCCUUACAUUUUUUACUAAAAUUAAAUUUGAUGCAACCAUUCUUCAGAAAUUGUGAAUUUGCUGUCCCGGGUUUUUUUUUUGGUCUCUUUCAUCAGCUUGACAUGAAAAGUUUUACAAUGUAACUAGGGAUUCUUAAAUUUGA